GAACAGUUCCGUGUCUUCAUUUUACAAAAACUGUUGGACAACUAUAUGGCUGUCUGAUUUUGGCUGUGAAGUUUUUACUUACACCUAAUUCGUGUUAUUUAUUGAGAGUUACAGUAGACAAUCAAAUGGCUAUGAGAUGCGCUAACUAGCCUGAAGCUACAUUGUAAUGAAAUAAAGCGUUGCUCGUUUAUUUAGUUCAAAAGUUCAAUAACCCGAGAUAAAUAAAAAACAAUCGGCUUAUCUCGAUUUGAAGUGGGAAAUGAAGCGGUUUCCGCAUAACCAGAUUUGAGGAAGCUCUUCUGCUGUGUGUGGUUUAAUCAAAUAGCGUUGUAAAAGCAUGGGUUCAAGAUAUCACUGAAGUAUUACUAUGUGUUCUCUGAGGUAACGUUACCAUUAGAGAGUUUUGUAAACACCACGCUUUCUGAGAAGAUGGGAACGUCAGUCGUUGUAUUUAUAUUAAAUAUUGUCAUCUGAUAUCAUCACUGUACCCUGGUGCAACCGCAGUACUGUCCUGAAAAGAGAUUAUAUCUUGAUAUUAGGAACUAUAAGUUGUUCUUUCUGAAAGUUAUAGGCUUAAACUCAAAGAGUCCACAGGUCCUGGUGUUUCUAUGAUCCCUGGGUCACUUCACAGCAUCGAUGGCCGAUCAUGUGGAAAAUGCGGUCAAUAAUGUGUCUAAUGACGGUGCGGAGAUCAUCCGGCGCACGGAGACUCCCGGCAGGAACGAGGUGGAGCUGAACGGACAGCCGCCCAGCGCUCGACCCCCGCAGGUGCUCACAGACGCCGAGGAGGACGAGGACGAGGAGCUGACUCUCAAAUAUGGAGCGAAACACGUGAUCAUGCUGUUCAUUCCCGUCACGCUGUGUAUGGUGGUGGUUGUGGCAACGAUCAAAUCCGUCAGUUUCUACACGCAAAAGGACGGACAGCAGCUGAUCUACACCCCGUUUCGCGAGGACACGGACACGGUGGGCCAGCGCGCUCUGAACUCCAUGCUGAACGCCACCAUCAUGAUCAGUGUGAUCGUGGUCAUGACCCUUGUGCUGGUGAUGCUCUACAAGUACAGAUGCUACAAGGUGAUUCAAGCCUGGCUGUUCCUCUCCAACCUUCUCCUCCUCUUCUUUUUCUCCUUCAUUUAUUUGGGGGAAGUGUUCAAGACAUAUAACGUGGCCAUGGACUACUUCACGGUGGCGUUGAUCAUCUGGAACUUCGGUGUGGUGGGAAUGAUCUGCAUCCACUGGAAGGGUCCUCUGCGGCUCCAGCAGGCGUAUCUGAUCAUGAUCAGCGCUCUCAUGGCCCUGGUCUUCAUCAAGUACCUCCCCGAGUGGACCGCCUGGCUCAUCCUCGCUGCUAUAUCCGUCUACGAUCUGUUGGCGGUGUUGUGCCCUAAAGGACCUCUGCGUAUCCUCGUAGAAACGGCUCAAGAGAGGAAUGAACCCAUUUUCCCAGCGCUCAUCUACUCCUCAACCAUGGUGUGGCUGUUUAAUAUGGCGGACGUUGCGGAGACCGGGAAUAAUUCCAGCCAUCCAGUUCCUCAACAGGAGAACCAGGCAGUGGCGGUGGCGCCCACAGCCCAGCCGGAGGAUGAUGGGGGUUUCACACCGGCGUGGGUGGAUCAUCAGCAGCACCAGCUCGGCCCGAUGGACUCCACCGACGAGACCAGGCGAGAGAUCCAGGAGAUGCCCUCCGCACGACCGCCCGCCGCCGAAGACGACGAAGAGAGGGGUGUGAAGCUGGGUCUGGGAGAUUUCAUAUUUUACAGUAUGCUGGUGGGUAAAGCGUCCGCUACAGCCAGCGGAGACUGGAACACCACUCUAGCCUGCUUUGUGGCCAUUCUCAUCGGUUUAUGCCUAACUCUUCUCCUCCUGGCGAUCUUCAAGAAGGCUCUCCCAGCUCUCCCCAUCUCCAUAACCUUCGGCCUGGUGUUCUACUUCGCCACCGAUAACCUGGUGCGGCCCUUCAUGGAUCAGCUGGCCGUUCAUCAGUUCUACAUCUAGAGAGGUCACUUCUCACACACUCCCGUCUACAGCGUGUUCCCAGAACCCUCUUUCAGGGAACGUGAACCCUGUAGGCUAGCACACACUUCCUCUGGACACGACUGGAUUGGCUGUUUUUGGCAUUGAAUGACUCUUUAUUAAUUACAGUGCCUCUCCAGUGACUGAUAUUUGCUUUGGUAACAUCUUUGUUUGUUUGGAGAACACACAGAGACCAUCUAAAGCCAUCUUACAUGUGUGAAUGCAUUUCCGACAGUGGUUAUGACUUCAUUUGGAGUUGGAUCGAACGGGACCAGUGCUUGCUUUGGAUUCACUCUCUAGGCGUCAUGUUAAUUCCUUCUCUGAUUUAGCGAACAUUAACCAAAGCCCUCUGAAUGAUAUGACUGUUCACACACAGGUAAGGUACUUUGAGUUUUGGAUUGACGCCUCGAGUUUUCUUAUCGAGUCCGUUUGACCAUUUGAGACGACGUCACGUGCUCUAGUUUAAGUGCUGAUCCAAGCUACUGCUGUGCUCUCCUGGAAAGUAUGGGAGCAUUAUUUUGGAAUGUAUAAACUUUGUCUUUUAAAUUUCCUCCGUUUGUUUGUUUAAUUUUUUUGUUGUUUUGUUUCUCUUCUUUUUUUUAUUUACCUGCAAGAUGAUUUACGAGUUACUUUUACGUUCAUACUAGCCACACCUUGUCAUUUUAAGAAAAGAUUUUGUAACUAAAUUGAAAGAUUCACAAAUAAAGGGGUUGCUCAUUUGAGCAAAUUUCAGUCUUCUGUA